AUGGUAUUAAAAAAUCUUGUUCGGUAUAUUAUUAAUAAGUAUUUAAAAGAAUAUAUUGAAGAAUUAGAUUAUGCAAAAGUAACACUUGAUCUUAAAAAUGGACAUGUUUCUCUGGAAAAACUUCAUUUAAAACCUGAAGCUCUCACCGAUCUUAGUCUUCCUGUAACUGUAGCUACUGGUCUUAUUGACAAAUUGACACUUGUAAUACCAUGGAAAAAUUUAUAUAGCAUGCCAACAAAAGUUCACAUCAAUGGAUUUUAUAUGUUGAUUGUACCAAAAAAUGAAGUUCGCCGAGAUUUAACUGAAUAUUAUGAUGAAAAAAUGCAACGUGUUCAACGAAAAGUUGAUAAUUUACGAAAAGCAGCAUCCUGUAAUAAAAAACUUGAUGAAAAGGACACCACAUUUCUUGAAAGAAUGCGAUUGCAAAUAAUGCAAAAUCUUGAAAUAACUGUUGAAAAUCUUCAUAUCAGCUAUGAAACAAUAUCAACAACAAAACUAGGACAUCCGUUUUCGUUUGGAAUUACUCUACAUCAUCUUGAAAUGACUACAACAACCAAUCGUCAACCUAUCGGAAGAACUAAAGAGAAUUCUCUGGUCAUUUUUAAGAUGAAACAAAUAAAUUCACUUUCACUCUAUUGGAAUACUCAAUGUAAAUCAAGAAUUGAUAUGUCAUUUGAUGAUGUUGUGGAGGAUUUAAAAUGUAAAAUAGCUACAAAUAAUUAUAUACCAAACAUUGACGAGAUGAACUACAUUCUCUAUCCCAUAAAUCUUUCCAUUGAUUUAAUUAUGACAUUACAACCGGGAGAAUAUAAUUUCGAACGUCCAGCAUAUGAUGUUGAUGUUCAUAUUGAAAAAUUAAGUCUUAAUAUUAAUCCAAAGCAAUUUUCUGAUUUACUUGAUUUUAUUAAAUUUCAAAAUUAUAGUAAAAUUUACGAUCGUUGUCGAGAAUAUCGUGAAUUCCAACAAACACUAAAUACUACGAAAUUAACAUUAGAACAAGAAGAACGUUUAAAAUAUCUCGAAUUAAAAUUGGAUGUAUUCAAUCUAGCUUAUAUUCAAUAUAGUGCUGAGAUGGAAGCAAAUCCUAAUCUAAUACCUAAAGAAGUUAGCCAUCAACAUAAUCAUCAUCGGCAUCACAAUUACAACCAUUACCAUCAUCAUCACUAUCAUCGACGUCAUUCAAUAAAAACUAAUCGAUUAGCGACUUCUCCGGUUACUACUGUCAACAACCAUAAAUGGUGGAAUUCUUGGUGGAAAACAACAAAAGCUCAUUCGAAAGAAGUAGAUCACCGAAAGUCAUCAACAUCGAGUUCUACAACAACUGGUGGAGACUUUUUUUCUGAUGAUUCGCCCAAUAUGAAUUUUGAAAUUAAAGUAAAAAAUCUGGCAUUAAAUUUAUCGUUACCAAAGACGAAUAACAACUCGAAAAUGGUUCAGUCGCUAGAAAAUGAAACUCUUUGCCCAAUUGAAAUUAUUGAUGCUCGAAUAGAUUUCAAACGUCGAGCUAUUUCAUCAAAUAUAUUAUUUAAAGUUGAUCUUCAAUCGUUUUCAUUAUUUGGUAUGCAAACUGAUAAUAACCACCGGCCACCGUUAGUAAUGGCCGCUUCCGUAUCAUCGCUUCCAUUGAUACACAUCGAAUUGGAAUUAUCUGCAAUUGAUAAAAAAUCUGAUUAUCGUCUUUUUCUAGUUCUCGAACCAAUAAAAAUUACUUAUGACGCUCCAACAAUCAAUAAAAUUGUUGAAUGUUUCGAUCCAAAUAAUGACAAACUUUCGUCAACAUUACCCGAAAUCAAACGAAGAACAACAGAAGAAAUGGAACAAGAUUUUAGCGGUGAAAAAAUCUUCGAUAUGACCAUACAAUUAAAAGGAAUUUCGCUAAUUCUACCAGAAAAUGGUAUACUACAAAAACAAUCUAAUGUGGCUCACAUCGAUUUGGAUAGUUUAGUUUUAAAAUCAUGUUUAGAUAAUGACAAAGAUGAUGCUAAUUCAGUAUUCAAGGAAGAAGCACAGCAAUUACGAUUCUAUAGAAAAUACAAAUUGAGAUUACACAAUCUGCAGAUUAUUUACUCGCAAUCAGAUAGUGUACAAUUCCAUAUAUUACGAAAAAUGUCAUGGCUAGAUAUCAAUUUUUACAAAUGUAUCUAUUCCGAUGAUGCCUAUUUAACAGACUGGCGUAUUUCCAUAAGAACUGUAAAAAUGACUCAGAUUGAAUUAUCAAAAGCAAUUCUAAUUCAAUUGAUACAUCAUUUAAAAUCAGUUCCAUUACUUUCGUCAAACAUGAUGGAAACAUUGCUUCGAAUCAACCUUUAUUUUAUCAUUUUUCCACCUUAUACUACCUUCGAAAUUGAUAUUCUCGUUGAAAAAUGUUAUCUUCUACUUGCACAACAUCAUGCAUCGAUUAACACAGACAUUCAUUGUCAUAUAUUGAAAUUAAGAGAUAACAAUAACAACGAAAAAGAUAUUACAAUUUCAUUGAAUAAUUUAUCAAUGUCGCAUCAAAAUAAUUCCGAAAUAAAACAACAUUCAUCAUGGCGAUUCUAUCAAAAUCCAUGUAUCGAACUAAGUUAUAACAAUGAUCUGAGUAAUAAUUUGUGA